AACAUUUGUUAACAUAAACAGCACAAAUUCACAAAACCAACUCGAACUCACACAUAACACAACGAAUAAAACCGAACCGAAUAAAAAACCAACAAAUCCGAACCAAAACAGAGCCAAACGAACCGGAGUAGAGGAGAGCCAGCCGAACCGGAAACAAGGAAGAACACGCGAACCGGAAGAAGGAAGAAAAGGAGAGAACCGGACUCAAACUAGGAGGAAAGGAAACCGGAAAAAGAGAUAUGAGGAACCUUAGGCAGUAUAGUUUCAGGAGGCCAGAUCUCUUGAGUUUGAGGAAGCUAGGGAAGAAAGUGGUUUGUAUGGACGAUUUCUACAAGCAACAUGGAAAUUUGAUGGGUGUUGUUAAGACAGAUAUCGACGAAGGGCUUCUCAACGCUUUUGUUCAGUUCUAUGACCCGGGCUACCAUUGCUUUACUUUUCAAGAUUACCAGAUUCUCCCCACCUUGGAGGAGUACUCUUGUUGGAUUAAUCUACCAGUGUUGGACAAAGUACCUUUCAGUGGCCUCGAGGAAAUCCCCAAGCACUCAACCAUUGCCGCAGCUCUCCAUCUUGAAACGGACGAAGUGAAAGCACAUCUCAUCACUAAGGGAAAACUUUUGGGUUUCUCCACCGAUUUUCUUUACGAAAGGACCACAUUCUUUGACAAAAUGGGGGUUGCCUAUGCCUUUAACUCCAUCCUUGCCUUGCUUAUUUAUGGCCUCGUACUCUUCCCUAGCCUCGACAACUUUGUGGACAUUAAAGCCAUUCAAAUUUUCUUGUCAAGGAACCCUGUCCCUACCUUAUUAGGUGAUACUUACCUCUCCAUCCAUAGGCGCACCCAGGCUGGUCGUGGAACUAUCCUUUGUUGUGCACAAUUGCUAUAUCGAUGGAUCACCUCGCACUUACCCCGAACUCCUCGCUUCACCACCAAUCCAGAAAACCUUCUUUGGUCAAAAAGACUCAUGUCCCUGACUCCAACCGAGGUAGUGUGGUACGAUCGGGUUUAUGACAAAGGAACUAUUAUUGACAGUUGUGGGAAAUUUGCCAAUGUACCCCUUCUUGGUAUAGAAGGAGGAAUUAGCUACAAUCCUACGCUUGCCAGACGUCAGUUCGGAUAUCCCAUGGAAGGGAAGCCGCUCAACAUCUAUCUAGAGAAUGUGUAUUACCUCAACGUAGAUGACAGUAAAGGCAUGAAAGAGCAGGUUGUGCGAGCUUGGCACACCAUUCGUAGAAGAGACAAGAGCCAGUUAGGGAGGAAGACAGGAGCCGUUCAUGAAUCAUAUACUCAGUGGGUGAUAGAUAGAGCUGCUCAAAUUGGGAUGCCUUACAAGAUAUCAAGAUUUGUAUCUGCAAUCACUCCAGCACCACCCCUACCUAUGACCUUUGACACCGAGAAGGAAUACCAAGAGCGUUUAGUUGAGGCGGAACUUGAAGUACAAAAGUGGAAAGGGGAGUAUCAGAAAAAGGAUCAGGAAUAUGAGGCUGUGAUGGCCCUACUAGAGCAAGAAGCUUAUGAUAGCCACAAGAAAGAUGUGAUAAUCGCCCAGCUGAAAAAGAGUAUCAAGGAGAAAGAUGCCGCGCUUGAUCAAAUUCCCGGGCGGAAGAAGAAACGUAUGGAUCUCUUUGAUGGGCCGCAUUCUGAUUUUGAGGAGUAGCUCGGUUCAGAGGCUUGAGAGUCUUUCAGUUUGUUUUGAUGUUUUUUGUGUAGUU